UUUAUUUUUAAUUUUAAAAUUGUUCACUCCCUCUAUAUAACUAUGUUGGGAAAAGGAUAUAUACUUUUUGGGUAUUUUGACUUAGAUUCUGGUGCCAUUUCUGAAUAGAUCUUCCUCUGAUUCAUUCAUAUGGCGGCAACCCAAUCACUAUCACAACCUGAUCCAGAUCGUCCCUCUGAAGAGAAACCUGCUGAAUCAGAUAACAUGGAGGAGCGGACUCUAUCAGCAAAAAAUGAGAUGUCAGUUUCUCCUAAUUCCUCUCAGGAUACAGCUCCUUUAGGUCAUCCAAGGGAUAACACAGGUCAAUCUGAAGCUUUUGGUUCUCCUGGAGAUCGUGCUGUCUAUCGACCUAAUAUUUAUGCCCCUCAGGCACAGGCGUUCUACUACAGGGGUUAUGACAAUGCGACUGGUGAAUGGGAUGAAUAUCCUCCAUACAUAAAUGCUGAAGGGUUAGAAAUUGGGUCACCUGGUGUCUACAAUGAUAAUCCCUCUCUUGUAUUUCAUGCUGGAUAUGGAUAUAGUCCGCAAAUGCCCUAUGGACCUUAUUCUCCAGUCACCACUCCUUUACCUUCUGUCGGUGGUGAUGCACACUUGUACUCCCCUCAGCAAUUUCCAUUUUCUGGGCCGCCUUAUUACCAGCAUCUAGGUCCUCCUAAUAUGUCAUAUAUUACCUCACCAUCACCCAUUUCACAACCAGAGUUCAACACAUUGGCAAGCAUCGACCAACAAGGUGAUAACAUGCUUUUUGGCCCAAGGCCUAGUUAUCCUCCUGUGGGAUCAAUUAGUGGAGGCAGUUUUCCAGGAAAACAUGAUUUCCAUGAUCUGCAGCAUGGGUUUGAUGGAUUGAGAUCUGGAGGCCUUUGGUCAGCUUGGUCAAAACCCUCUGAUAGAAAUAGGCCCUUGUCCCCCUUUUCACCUGCAGUUUCUCCACAGCCUAUUGGCAUGCUUGGGUCAUUUGGGCAGAAUGUUGGAAUGGCAUCUCAUCAACAAAGAUCAUUUUAUGGCCUCGAAUCAGGUUCAAACUCCUACAAAAGAGCCUAUCUGCAGAGUGGUUACAAUCAGGGAUCUGGUUUUGGAAAUGCAUCAAUUUCUAGUUUGGGGACAAACAGCCGGGGCUGGCUCUCCCUUGAAAACAGCAGAUUGCGAGGAAGAAGCAGUAUUUCCUUAUGUGGCUGCAACGGUAGUCUUGAUAUUCUUAGCGAGCAAAACAGAGGACCAAGGGCCUCAAAGUCUAAGGCUCAAAAUACAGCUGAUCAUGGUCCUUCUGUUGAUGAUAAGAAACAUAGCAAACCAUCUGCCAAGAUCCAUGAUGAGUCAUACAACCAAUCAGAUUUUGUGACUGAAUACAAGGAUGCUAAGUUCUUCAUCAUCAAGUCAUACAGUGAAGAUAAUGUUCACAAGAGCAUCAAAUAUGGUGUUUGGGCCAGCACUCCAAAUGGGAAUAGAAAAUUGGAUACUGCCUAUCAUGAAGCUAAGGACAAGCAAGAUCCUUGUCCUGUGUUUCUCUUAUUUUCGGUGAAUGCUAGUGCUCAAUUCUGUGGGGUGGCUGAAAUGGUUGGACCUGUUGACUUUGACAAGAGUGUGGAUUACUGGCAGCAGGACAAGUGGAGUGGGCAGUUCCCUGUCAAAUGGCACAUUAUUAAAGAUGUCCCGAACAGCCAGUUUCGUCACAUUGUUUUGGAAAAUAAUGACAACAAGCCUGUCACUAACAGUCGAGACACGCAGGAGGUGAAAUUGGAGCAGGGUGUUGAGAUGUUGAUCAUCUUUAAGAAUUAUGAAACUGAUACAUCUAUCUUAGAUGAUUUUGAUUUUUACGAGGAUCGACAGAAAGCCAUGCAAGAUAGGAAGGCCAGACAGCAAGCCAGCCUGCUGGCUGUUGGUGUAGUCGGAGAAAGUGAGCACAGAAAUGCAGUUACCUUGCCAACUGAUAUUAUCAAGCAGAUGUCAAAGAGUUUUGCUCAAGUUAUCUGCUUGGAUGAGUCUAGCAAAGAAGGCAUUGUUACUGAUCGAGCUAGUUCUGGCACUGAUGGUUCUGUGGGAACUAGAGUUAAAUUGGAAGAUGGUAUCACAACUGUCUCCACCUCACAGACCAGUUAGGAAGAAACAAAUACUGCAAGAUUUGGCAGUGCCUGGUAGUGUAUGUGACAUGAACUUUAAUUCUAUCUUCUAGUUCUCCAUUAUCUUGUGAAGGUAGAGAGUUAUAUCUCAGAAUUGAUUGGAGCACAUCCAUAACUGGAUGAAGGGCUAAUGAGUUUUGCGGGGCAGAUGUGCUACAUGUAUAAUACAUGGUUUUUUGAGUGUCGUAGUCAGUGUUCCUUUUGUUUUCCUGGUCCUAAUGUUGCAGUUUGGGUGAGAAUAGUUAUGUGGAGACACUGGUUGAGUUCUUGCAUUUGCAAAUAAGGGAAAUAUAGCAAAAGAUGUUGAAGGAAGAACCUCAUUGAUUCUACUGUUUCUCCAUAA